GUAUAUUGGUACACCUUGCUUCACAUCAUCCGUCAUGCUGCUCAGUGCUGCACCCAUACCUGCAGCAUUCUCCUGAUGGAACAUGCUGUCUGGCACACAACUAGCGUGUCUACUUGGCAGGACGUCAUAAACGUUGGUUGGCUUCUUCUCCAGGCGCUUCUUCGCUGCCCACCCAAAGACACGAAUCCGAAGGGUACCGUGAUUGAAGCAACAUGGAAAGCAAGAGGGUGUUGGAGCAUGAUAACACGGCCGACUUGCUCGUGUGCCAUCAUCUUCCCCCCAGUCGCCGCUGCUGCUGCUACCCAGAUGCUUCGCGGUGCUCCCUUCCCCAUCGGGUGCGCGUACAGUAGUCUUUCUUCCAACUUUAUACGCGUUCGUCGUCUUGAUAGCCGUGGGGAGCUACUGAUAGCGGCCGUCCUUUCCUGUCCUAUCUAUGUGCCUGCGUUUGCCUUGACCGUACAUGUGCGCAUUCGACUUGUGCUUUUCCCCUUCUUUACUCCUCCCAGUCCUUCGUUUUCCCCUGCUACCACCUCCUUCAAUUCCCUACUACGAGACCUCGGAAACCAUCCCCUCCUUCUCUUCACCUAGCACCUCCGCGUCGGCCCUGCGCAUCCCCGUUGCCGCAUUCCGGGGAGCCUCACUGUGCAUUUACAGCACAAUUAUCCAUCUAAACACCUCCGACCCACGCCGCUCGCUUUCCCUACGUGUAUGAGGCUAUAUCCGGCCUUGGACGCCCUACCGCAGUAGCUGCGGCAGUACCAACAACAACAACAACGAGAAUAAUAAUAAUAAUGCCUUCUUUUCUCAGCAACUUGCGCAAGAAGAGUAAAGCCAACUUUCAAACCGACCAACUCCGGCAGUCGGCAAUCAGCAAUGACCACGCCAAUGGCCACAAAAAGGGCCUGGCUCGCCAUAAGUCAUCCUCCACCUUGGAUUCCUCCGCCGUAGCCUCAAACUCCAUCUCCACCACCCCCGCGACCUCGACCACUUCUGGCGACGUUUCCGUGCUACCCAACCUCCCCAAGAACGGAGUGACAACUGCACGCCCACCGCGACCCGGCCCCAACCCUACCAAGCGAUACAGCAUGAAUGGUCUAUCCUCGUCAAGCGGCCAAUACGCCGCUCCUCCCGUCUCCCCGCUUGCUCCGCGCAUCCUCUCAAUAUCCGAUAAUUCAUGGGUUCACCAACAAUUGCUGUUGGUCUUUGGCCAAAUUGGCGACCCAAACCGACCGCUGGAUGGCACCGUCACUGUUAACCACCACCAAGGUCGUUUUCCCUCCACCGCCUGGCCGGUCAACGAUUCAUACUUCAAGGUUCUCGUACACAUGGAGCCUGGAUGGAACCGUCUUCGUUUUGAAUUCAAUUCUCCACAAGUUCCAUCGGGCAACGGCUCCGUCUCUCCUCACGCAACCUUCUUCAAUGUGAACUAUUUACCUUUGACCAACACCCCUCCUCUCCAGCUAGCCAUCAUUCUGGGUCGCGAUUCGCCCGGGACAUACGAUGCUACCCCCGAUCGCAUGCAUCGCGAGGGUAACGGCCUGGACAUGGCUGUAAAAAAAUACCGCAUGGCAGCAUACCUCUGGCAAGCUUUCACCGGCGAGCACAUGCAACGCCAUGGUUUUGGCAGGAGAUGUUUCCGCUUCGAAGAUUCGUGGGAGCCUGGCACAUUGAGCUAUCAGGACUGGGACAAGGGCCAAUUCCGUAACCAGGCAAAGGUUCACAUUAUCCGAUCCAAGAAAACCGUUGAAGAAAUUAGAGACUUGAAUCGCGCCCAACAAUACGAGGGUGGCACAGCCAAGGGGGAGCUGUUUGACAUCGCAAAGGACGCAGUCAAGGAGUACUUCCAAAUGAAGCCCGGUCGUAAGCAGUACGUUUCGUGUUUGAUUCUCGACUCGCACUGGGAUCGGGAUGUCGGUGUCAUUCGAGGUCAUGCUGCUCUUGGUGGCGGCGAUGGCGAAGUUCAGCUUGCAAUCUGUGGCUCGCAAGCUCUACAGAGUUACCCGUCGAGCAUCGAGGAAGUGUGGCAAGCCUUUGGAGACUGUACCCCUACCGACACUAAUCAUGUUGCCAAUGACUGCAACGAGUCGGGAAGCAAUUGGGAAGCGGCCAACGUUGGCAUCGGCGCUCACAUGCACGAGACUGGUCAUUUGUUUGGCUGUCCCCAUCAGCAGAGUGGCGUCAUGUUGCGCGACUAUGUCACCCUGAACCGCACCUUCACCACCCGAGAACCCUACUCAACCCGCACCCAAUCGCCGGGCAAAAAGCUCGUUCUCCCCAAUGAUGAGUGCGAAUGGCAUAUUCUCGAUGCGUUACGUUUUCGAUUUCAUCCUUCCUUCCGGAUACCCAUAGAUUACAAUCCUUCUGGAGACGAGAGCGUGCAAGUAUGGACGGUCGACGCUGCACAAGGGGGUGUCAUUGCAACAGCAAGCUCGGGUAUUGCUUGGGCUGAACUCUUCACGGAGGGCGAUGAUGUCUGUCAUUACUGGAAGCGAUGGCCCGAGGUGGAAGGCCAAUACCCGCGACAAGUUGUGCUCAACGAACAAGAGCUCCGCGAAUUGAUGCCUAGAGAGAAAUCACGGCUGCGACUGAAAGUGGAAGUAUUCUCUGCUGGUGGUGGAAGCCACACCGUAGAAGACCUCUCGGCGCUCAGUGGUCAGAACGCGCACGUACGACUACCCGACGGUCGAUACGGGUUCCGCAGUAGCAAGCUGGGUAUGUCACAGAUGGAAGGAUCGCAGCCACAUGAGAUCAUACUGGAAAGCGCAUACAUGUCGACCAAAUACCUCGUCACGGUUCGCAUCUUUGCCGGUGGAUGCGUAGACGGUGUCGAAUUCAUUUACGAGGAUGGGUCCUCGCAGCUUUUUGGCAAGCCAGGUGGCGAAGCCCACGACUUCCCAAUAGACGUGCGAAGGGGAGAAUAUUUAAUGGGAUUCAAUUUGCGAACUGGCGCAUGGAUCGACGGAAUUCAAAUACUGACAACAAUGGGCCGUAAGAGCGACUGGUACGGAAAUCCACAUGGCGGUGGCGGGCAUACUCUAAUUCCUCCCCGUGGUUACGGCAUUGGCGGUCUGACCGGGUCAUGUGGACCGUGGUUGGACGGCUUUGGUUUGAUCAUUGUUCGCUAA